CGGCCAAAAACCACCAGCACAAGUGCACAAGCCAUUGCCCAUCGGACGCCCAGCCGGCCAGCCCCUGUCCCGACGGUCGGCCGACGACGAUGAGCCGCGCAGCGACCAACAGCGGCGCGGAGCGGCGGUGCCGGUACAGGGGCGUGCGGCGGCGGGCCUGGGGGAAGUGGGUGUCGGAGAUCCGGGUGCCGGGCACGCGGGAGCGGCUGUGGCUGGGAUCCUACGCGGCGCCCGAGGCCGCCGCCGUCGCGCACGACGCCGCCGCGUGCCUCCUCCGCGGCUGCGCGGGCCGCCGCCUCAACUUCCCGGGCCGCGCCGCCUGCUACUACGCCUGCGGCGGGCAGCAGCCGCUGUCGCCGCGCUCCGUGCAGCGCGUCGCGUCCGACGCCGGCAUGGCCGCCGACGCGCAGAUCGUCGACGCGCGGGCGGCCCUCGCCUCGCCGCCGCCCGUUGUCCAGCCCGCCGCUCUCGCUGGCAUUAUUGGCGGCGCCGCGCGAGAAGGCGGCGGAGGCGUGCGAGGCCCCGCGUGCGCGCCGGCGCCGCCAAGCAACGGCGCUGGCAGCAGCAGUACGUAUUGGUCCACGCCGAGCAGUGAGCCGCCGCUUGUUUACGGGGACAUUAGCGUAGACGACAUAGAGAUCUUGAUUUGACUAUUAGGCACUAGUUAGUAGCAUAGUCAUGCAAGUUCGAUCGAAUAUGUUUUCGUAAACAAAAGAAGAAGUACACCAAAGGCAAAAGGCUACUGUAAUAACAGAAGGUUCUGGAUAGAUGAUGUCUUGCAA